CAAGUGCAAAGUUCUACUUUUUUAGUCAUUACCCAUCAUAGCUCUCCAUUUUCUUUGUAAGACUGAAACUAGUUACCUUAGCUCUACAGAUAUAUAUCCUCUCCUUGAUUGUUCGUGAGCUGAAAGUAUUUUUGAUGGUGCAGGGUAUUGCGGGAACAAUGCCAUGCCAUCAAGAAAAGGGCCAGCUACUUCUUGUGGAGCAUAAUAUUUUAUCUGAAGCGUUUGUCAUUGUGACAUCCUUUCCUAGGACUCAAGAUACGGAGUCUUUGCUUACAGAUCUUUUGAACACUUUGAACAAAAUUUGGAUGCAUCCAGACUGGGCAGACAAAUAUAUGCGUUAUAGAUAUCAUUUAUCUGGUCUUUUUGCUAACGAUCAAUUUACGAGGAGUGUUCGCUCGUUGGUAAACUCAUUUGAGGAGGAGCUUACACGUAACAGAACUGUGGAGUCUGCAGGAGCUCAGGAAGGAUGUUCUUCAGUGUCUGUGUCUGCUCACCUGUGCUCAUGUAUUCUUCCAAAGUUGAUGCUUCCCCUAAUCUUACGGAUGCUUAAUUAUAUACAAAUUCUUUGGAAGAAACCAAUUACUUAUGAUCUGUCAGGAAUAAUAGCUGAAGACAUAAGUUUUCUGUUGGAGAAUGGUAAACUGCCUGAAAUUGAUGAAGCUAAUAUGCUGAAGAAUGCAGGAACCUGGUUGCAGGGAAUUCGAGAGACUGGGUACAAUGUUAUUGGUUUGUGCGCCUCUCUUGAUGGAGCAUUCUAUGGACUAUUAGGCCGUUCAUUUAUCAUCAAUGUUCUCAUGGAAAAUUUGAGAUCCAUGGAAUUUAAUCAUUUGGGAAAGCUCAUACAGCUUGUCUUCAUUCCAUUGGUUAAAAGUUGCCCUCAAGAAUGUUGGGACGAAUGGAUGGUCAAGUUGCUGGAACCUAUAUUUAGCUACUGUGAAGAAACUUUUUAUUAUGCAUGGUUCACUUUUCUUCAUGAGGGCCGGGCUAAAGUUCCAGUUUAUUUUGGUAAUCUCAAUGGACCAGAUGAAAUAGUAAACCAAUUUGAAAAGGAGCUAUUGCUUAAAUUUACUCGUUCUGUAUCUGACCUGCUUGAGGUUUUAGCAUCAGAAAGAUUGAAUAGUGGGCUUGCACUGUUGCCUUUUCGACACAAAAAAAUUUGCACAAAGGCUGAUUUUCAAGACUUGAAGUCCAUAUCUUCCAGCUCCCUUAUUGGGUAUCUUUUACAACAUAAUUGCUUUGGGAGGUUGAGCAUGUACCUAUUUGGGUGUUUGGCGGAUUAUCAAACAGCAAAGAAAGCAUUGCCAUUUUGCUAUUCUUUGAUCCGUCUAGCAAUCGCUACUAAUCAUGAGAGUCUGAACCGGUUUAUUCUUAAUGAGAUGCUUCCAACUAUUAUCCUACUUCUUGGUGAUAUCCCAAGUGCAAUCUCUGAGCUUAGUUCGUCGUUAAAUUCAGCUACAAAAGAAGAUGCUAGGAACGACGUUACUCGUCUUUGUCAGAAAAUCUAUGAAGUUUACAUAGAUAAUCAGGCAAGUCAUCAAGUUUAUUUCUUUCUAUUCUCAAAGGAAUUGGAAGAUCUUCAUAUGCGUGCUUUUUGUACUAGGCCAGAGCAUUUUCCAAAGGAUGUUGUGUGGAAAUGGGAGUUUAAUGAAGAAUUUGAAAGAUACCUUCCUGCCUAUAUGAAUAUGCUGGAAGAAGUGGAAGCAAUGGAUGACUGCUUGAAGGAUAAUUAUAUGAGCUCUGAGAUUCUUCUUGCGAAAUUGAACCCUGAAUUUAAGUUAAGAUAUGCCAUUAACAACUAUGCGCAUCCUUGUUUGCAAACCAUGUCUCGUAUGUUACAGCGAAAGAUACCUGCUGUAUAUCAUCAAAGACGUACUGAAUGGAUCUCUCAACUUUUGAUCCAACUUAUUACAGUUAAACCUUAUAUUAAGGUCACUGAUGGUUGGGAAAAUGUUUUGGAGCGUCUUGAGGAAAAUUGUGAAUCACAGUUUGACCUUCUGCAAUGUUGUGAUCCAGCAACGGCAGUUAAUAUUUUCCGUCGUUCAAUAUUGUUUUUCUGGGAGCCUCAGUUUCAUCCUUUGAUACGGGAGUAUUACAAGGCUGAAGAGCAAGUACGCUUGCAUGAAGAGUUUGACCAGCAUUUGGCUUCAGGCACACUGGAUCAUCUUAUGUUUAGUUGCUCGAAGGAUGACUUUGUUCAUAUAGUUGCUGGUGGUGACAUUGAGACCAGUUCAUUUGCAACACUGGACCAUGAUCUUAUUAAAAUGUCUUUUGAGCGAAGGGCUAAGAUUGUUGAAUGGGAACAUCAAAUAUCCUGUUACUUUCAGUGCUUAACAUCUCUCCUGAAAAAUGAAGAGAUGAAGGAUGAACUUGGAAGUUUGAUGAAUGUGCUGGAUGCAAAAGGCUUUUUCAGAGUUGAUGAUUAUUCUAUUGACUGGGAUAAUAAAUUGUUUUCAGAUUCAGCAGAAAAAUUCAAUGAAGUUGUUUUCUCUGGGCAGUGCGUUGACAAAUGUCUUGUGAUCCGAGGAAUAAUGGAUUAUCAAAAAAUAUUGCAAAUGAAGGAUGUUGACUGGCAAGAUGCGUUUAUAAUGGUAGGCCUCCUAAAGGUCAAUGCAUUUAUUUCUUUUAUUAUAAAGAUUUCCCUUUGGUGA